AAAUGGCGGCCCCCAUAGUGCGGCGCGGACCGCUGCUGGCUCGGAAAAUCGCAAUUUCUCACCUCUCUCCAGCAGCCCAUAUUUACUGAGCACUGCGGAUGCCCAACAUGGUGCUGAGGUGCUGGGAAUUCAGCUGGGCAGUCUGGUAAAAGAUGCCUGCUUUCUGCAGCCUAUGUGGACAGCCACAAAUGGGAAGCAAGAGAAAAAGAAGAAUGUCACCUUGCUGAUCUUGCAUCUUUAAUGGACAAAACAUACGAGAGAAAGUUGCCUGUUAGUUCUUUAACAAUAUCACGGUUCGUGGACAAUAUUUCAUCUCGAGAAGAAAUAGACCAUGCAGAGUAUUACCUUUACAAAUUUCGACACAGUCCUAAUUGCUUGUACCUGAGAGACUGGACUAUCCAUACCUGGAUUAGGCAGUGUCUAAAACACGGUGCCCAAGACAAAGCCUUAUACACUCUUGUCAAUAAGGUUCAAUAUGGAAUUUUUCCUGAUAAUUUUACAUUCAACUUAUUACUGGAUUCUUUCAUAAAGAAAGAAAAUUACAAAGAUGCUUUGUCUGUGGUUUUUGAGAUCAUGAUGCAAGAAGCAUUUGAAGUGCCCUCCACCCAGCUCCUCUCUCUCUACGUUUUGUACCAUUGCCUGGCGAAGAAGACCGAUCUCAGUUAUGAAGAGGAGAGAAACUUUGGUGCAUCCCUAUUACUUCCAGGCCUAAAGCAGAAGAACUCAGUGGGUGUGAGUUCCCAGUUGUAUGGCUAUGCUCUUCUUGGAAAGGUGGAAAUGCAGCAUGGACUUCGGGCUGUGUACUCCAACAUGCCUCUGAUAUGGAAACCAGGCUACCUGGACCGAGCCCUUCAAGUGAUGGAGAAGGUGGCCUCCUCUUCAGAGGACAUAAAGCUAUGUAGAGAAGCGCUCAAUGUGCUGGACAGAGUGCUGACGGUACUGACUUCUCCAGCUGAGGGCGCUUCAGAGAAACCUCCCCUGGAAAGUGGAGAUGGCCAGGCCUCAGAUAAUGUGGUGGAGCAGCUAGACAUAGAGGAACCAGAAGAGUCCAAGCUUCCCCAAUACCUGGAACGGUUUAAGAUCUGUCAGUCUAAAUUGCAGGCUCUGGGCAAAGUUGAAUCAGAAAGCCUUUUGACUCUCACAACCCAGCUUGUCAAGGAAAAACUCCCUACCUGUGAGCCUGAGGACCUCGCCACCUAUGAGCAAAAACUGCGGGAGUGGCAUUUGGAGCUGAUGCAGCUGAUACAGAGGGAGCAGGAGCAGAGGGAAAGAGCAAAGCAAGAGUAUGAGGCCCAGAAAGCAGCCAAGGCGGCAGCCUAAUGCGCACAGGCCAGCCCGUUCGAGGACCUCCCAGGCUGCUCCAGUGCUCAGGGGACAGACCUCUUCUCUGGCUUUUCUUAAACAGGCCACACUGUUUAAACCAUGCUGUGCCACAUAUCAGGACGCUGUGACUGCUCAUCCAGAUGCCAAGAAGAGCUGGGGAGCUAGGCCAAGUGGCAUGCAGCUAGACUAAAGUCACCAGCUGAACAUCUUUAAGAGAAACUCUUGAGGCUCCCAGUAGCAUGCCAGGCAUGGAAGUCAACUGUGAGCAUGGAAAAUUCCCAGCACCUGUGAGAGUGGAGGAGAGGCUGUGGCUGAAGAGUCUCAUCUCCAGCACAGGUGUUGAAUGUCCUACCUGUCUCCAGCCCAGGUAUGUUUUACCCAGGUGAACUGUAGAGUCCUCUCCAAUGAUGCCUCUCUGCACGCCGCUCAAGGUGCUCAUACAUUUCCACAUCGUCCUGCCCACCAUGGACUGCCUUGUGAUUCUACUCUGUGGGGAACCCGCAAGAGUGACCUCAAGACCAGGACCACACUUGGUUGCCAACUUUAGGCAGCCACAGUGAUAUUGUUAGGCUGAAGGGCUCUGGAGGAGAAACCUGGCCCUGCUGUGGCUGCUUUAUCAUCAUGGGAUUGCUUUUCCAGACCAUCAUUGCUACUCUCUUGAGCAGCCUUUUGUAUGUAUACACACACAUGUGCACAUGCACAAAUACACACAUUUGUACACAACUGUGAACACAUGUCAGUGAAAGAAGUUAGUGAAAAUGAGAAGUGGGAUGGGGCUUCACAUGCAAAGCUGAUGUGAAUAGCUGUAAAACUGCCAGGAAGUUCCUUCCUUCUGUGAAAGGCUCGGGGACAGUUUUUGCUUGCUAUGUAAUGUUGCCAUUAAGUACAGUGUUGUACUUUCAUUCGAGAUUGUGCUUUUUUCAGGAACCUGCACAAAUAAAGCAUGCACUGAAGUAA